UCUCAAAGCACACACGGAAGCGACUCUCUCUUCUCAACAACACCAAAAACACAUCACUCUCACACAGCUUCUCUCUCUGUCUCUCUCUCUCUCAUUCUCAUACACACACACAAAACAAAGAGAAAUGGCAAAGGACAUUGAAGUCGGCCAGCAUGGUGGCGAGUUCACAUCCAAGGACUAUCAAGACCCACCACCAGUGCCGCUGAUCGACUCCGAGGAAUUGACAAAGUGGUCAUUCUACAGGGCCAUAAUCGCCGAGUUCAUUGCAACACUCUUGUUCCUCUACAUUACUGUCUUGACUGUGAUUGGUUACAAGACCCAAACUGACCCUACCAAGACUACCGACCAGUGCGGCGGGGUUGGCAUCCUCGGCAUCGCUUGGUCCUUCGGUGGCAUGAUCUUCGUCCUAGUUUACUGCACUGCCGGCAUCUCUGGAGGGCAUAUUAACCCGGCUGUGACUUUUGGGUUGUUCUUGGCUAGGAAGGUGUCUCUGGCCCGAGCCAUCAUGUACAUGGUGGCUCAGUGUUUGGGGGCCAUCUGUGGAUGUGGGUUGGUGAAGUCAUUCCAAAAGGCCUACUAUGUCAAUUAUGGUGGUGGAGCCAACAAGCUCUCUGUUGGGUAUAGCACCGGCACUGGGCUCGCAGCUGAGAUUAUCGGUACCUUUGUUCUUGUUUACACCGUCUUCUCUGCCACAGAUCCCAAGAGAAACGCCCGAGAUUCUCAUGUACCUGUUUUGGCACCCCUCCCUAUUGGAUUCGCGGUGUUCAUGGUUCACUUGGCCACGAUCCCAAUCACCGGCACUGGCAUUAACCCAGCACGAAGCUUUGGGGCUGCUGUGAUCUAUGGCAAACAAAAAGCCUGGGAUGAUCAGUGGAUCUUCUGGGUCGGACCGUUCAUUGGUGCAGCCAUAGCCGCGUUCUACCACCAGUACAUCUUGAGAGCGGCGGCGGUUAAAGCUCUGGGAUCUUUCAGGAGCACUACUUAAUGUGCAUUUUGUUAUGGGAAUUCUAUGAGGACUUUCAAUGUAAUCUUUGCAAGAGGGGAAUUGGAAUUAUGGGAAAGUUGUAAAUAAGUGUUGGUGAGGAAGGUGUGUUGAUUGUGUUGGCAUUGUGGUCUUGGGUUGGCACUUGUUUUUGUUGUGCCCAAAUGUUGUUGUUUACUAUGUUCUGCUUUUAUUUUGUUGAUGGUAUUCUAAGCAUUAAUAAAAUAAUCAUCUGGUUCUUUGUUU